UACAGUCGCCAAUCUAAAUUGUUCAAAUACGACGGCAAAUGUCUUUUCAAUUUCCACAUGGACGUCGGGCUUUUAUUUACGACUGGUAAUUUGACAGUCGUUUCAAAAUUUAUGAAAAUCUCCUGAAAUAUGGAAGAGAAACCUUUGAAAGGACAGUUAACGGAAAAUACAGACGUCAACCAAGAUGAGUUGAUCCUUCAGCAACAAAGACGAAUCGAGAAGGAGAUUUCCGAAUCCAUUGCUUUAGUUGGAGAAAAAGAGUCUAUAAAAAGCUUGGAACGUGAAUAUCCGGAAGAUGGUGUAUACCUUUCGAAAGCUAAAGUACUGGGACAGAAAUAUUCUUAUAUUAGAAGAACUAGGCCAGAUGGGAACUGUUUUUUUAGAGCCUUUAGUUAUGCUUAUCUUGAGAAGCUAAUUGGAAAUAAGGAAGAAUAUGAAAAAUUUCGGGAACUUGCAUUGAAAAGUAAAGACUGUUUAGUAGCAUUAGGUUUUCCUCGAUUUACGGUUGAAGACUUUCAUGACACAUUUAUGGAAGUGAUCGAUAAAGUAGGAGGUGAUGCAGAGUCAAGUUACAUUGAGCUGCAUAAACUUUUUAACGAACAAGGUUAUUCUGAUUACAUUGUUGUAUAUCUUAGAUUAAUUACAUCUGGUCAAUUGCAACGUGAAGCUGACUUUUAUCAGCAUUUUAUUGAGGGAGAACGCACUAUUUCAGAAUUCUGUCAUCAAGAAGUUGAGCCAAUGUAUAAAGAAUCCGAUCAUAUUCACAUUAUCGCGAUGAGUACUGCUCUAGGAACAGGAGUUAGAGUUCGGUACAUGGAUCGAGGUGCAGGGACCGAAGUGACUGCACAUGAUUUUCCAGAAGGUGCCACUCCCUCAGUUCAUUUACUGUAUCGUCCUGGUCAUUACGAUAUUCUUUACCCCUGAUAAGUUUUGUACCCUAAUACUUUGGACGUCUUUCAUGACAAAAAUCACUUACUUAGAGCAUUUCGUUUUGUGUAUGUAGUAAAAAUUGAUAGACUUCUGAUUUGGUCGAAUACAAUUUAAUGUUGUGAUUAAUUAACAUAAGUUCUGUAAUACAAAUUGCGAAAUUUAAUGUAAACGAGGAAAGGUAUUUGCACAGAUACAAACACUGAAUUGUCGUGAAAUGAUGUGAAUUUAAUUUUAUUUCUUUCAGUUUUUUAAUUUCAAUUAUAAAUUUAAAUAUACAGAAUAAACAAUUCAA